ACUCAUGAGCAUAUAUGCAAACAAUAUGUUCGUAUGACCAUUACGGAAUCUGAAUUUGUCAAGACGUGUUUCAGCUGAACUUUGCCUUCUGCUACAGUGUAUAUCUUGUUGUUUCAUUUAGUUCUUGGUAGGAUAAACCUUCGUUCAUAUUUGUGUGCUUGCCGUAUCUUCUUCUACCUCGCCUUCUUAUCCCAAUUAUUUUUCCUUCAAUGAUAAUUUCUUUGAAGAAGACGGUUUUUCUUCAGAAUCUGUGUUACACAAUAAAUUAUGAACUCUUGAAAUGAUUGUCAGUUACUAACUUAGAAAAUUGUCAAGGAGCUUUUGUUCUGCCAUUGACAGAUAAUAUUGUUUCAAAUUCUCCUCAUUUGUAUGCAAAUGUGCGGCUAAUCAUGAUUAAGUUGACAGUGGUUUUAUUCAAUUGUUGCCAAGUGGUAACACAACAAGAAUAAGGAUUGUUAUGCUAUGUAGUGGCUUGUCAGUAACAAAUAAGAAUUUUGCCAGAGAGAAGUGACACUGCUAAAAACUCAGAGCAAUGUGCACUGCAACAACAACCUGCAUUACAAAGAACUUCAGAUGGGAGCAGCUAAAGUUGUGGGUGGUGGGGCAAGUCAUUGCUUUCUGUACUGGCUCAAUUUAGCUCAGUUCAUCAGCCAGUAAAAAUCAGAUAUAUGUGUUUUAGUUUCAUUUGUGCUUUGCUUUUCAGUUCCAUUGUUGACAUGAUCAAACUGUGCAAGUAACAGCUGAUUCAAUGAAUGUAACCAUGUAAUCCACAUCAAUGUUAUAUGUUUGUUGGGUAGUUGUUGUUUGUAUAUGGUGCUACUUGGGUGGCAGCCACAGUAGAAAUCUCUCUGUGACGAAAAUGUGUUAAAAGUUGAGGCAAAAACAUGGUGCGCUGUGGAGUUAUUAUUCCCAUCCUGAUCACAAAUUUAUCUUCUCCACAGUAAACAAUAUCUUUAGUAAAUAUCCAUUUCCUCAACUCUUGUAGUGUAGAUUGGGAAUCAGGUCCAUUUUUUCAACCACAAAUGAAGUGUUUGCAGAUUUCUUGGUCAACAGCCUUGCAUGAAAGACAGCAGUCACAGUGUUACAUUCUGCACAGUGAAGCUAUGUGAGAUUUGAGGAGUUGUAAAAUACCAUUAAUACUUUGUUGUUGUUGCCAACAGUUACAUGCAAACUUUCCCUAAGGCACCAGUGAAAUUUCGGUGCGAAAAAAACGGUCGCGGCGCGUUCUCCGAAUUGUCUGAGUGGCUGGCCUCCGCCGUGGCCCCACUCAUUUCUCAUCCACAGUUCUGUGAGGACCUGGAUGAUUGAUACGGUAUUCCGCUGUUUCGCGGUUGGUGGGUUCCAGCACAAGCGGUUGCUGGUCGGCCGUGUUCGGGAUGCAGAGCUCCGUGCUCUGCAGCCUCGGUGUGUACAACUAUUUGUGCACAGACGAGAUCGGAAUACGUAACGAACCGCGCGUUAUUUUGUUUACUAGCAAAUCGCUGACAGUCAUUUGAAACGCGAAGUGGUCAAUUCGACAGCAGACACCAGUAUGGAGGUUUUAGUGGUUUUCUGCCCCUCAGGAUUUCCAGAAUCUGAAACUUUGACGUUGCUGUGCGCUGUAAUUCUCAGAAAUGUCGUGGGAUUCUUCGAGGCGGCGCAGGAGCCGAAGUGUACAUGGAAGCUCCUCGUCACGUCUCCGUAUGGACUCUUAUAGCUCUUCGAGUCGAAGUAAUCGUGCCAGAGCAUCAACUCCGAGAAAGAGAGAACUGGACAAAGUAAUGAAGAAAGCUCGCCGUGAUGGACCAAAUCAGAGCAGUUACUGGAAUAAGAAAUUGCUUGAAGUUGAAGAAAAGGAUCCAAACAGAUGGCGACAUAGUGGAUUCAAGGAGCUGUACGGUGGUGGAAGUUCUCCACAUGGUAGUACUAAAAGGUCUCGUUCGCGGUCUCGUACACGUUCACCACGUCGACCUCGAAGUCGGAGCAGAGACCGGCGAGCUCCCAGUGGAGGGCGAGCGAGAUCUCCUCUGCCGCCCGUGUCACGUCUCCGAUCGAGAUCGCGUUCACGUUCUCGUGACCGCUCUCGUCGUCCCCACACUCCCCCACCGUCUUCAUCACAAAGGCUGAGGAGCAGUUCUGCUCGCCGAACCUCACCGCCAAGAAGGGCACGUAGUCCAAAACCUACGUCGGUGUCGCCUAGCUCCCGAUCUGUUUCCAGCUGUUCUGAUGAAUCUUGUUCAGUAUGUUCUCCAAAGUCUCGCAAACGUCCAGCUGCACCACGAGGACCGCCAACACCCAGGUCGAGAUCACGUUCAUUUUCUGUACCACGGAAUCGACCUGCUCGAUCCCCUCCACCAAGGCGUCUCGGACGUGAAAGGUCCGGACCACCGAUGGAUCCGCGUGGACCGCCGCCCAGCCCUCCUCCUAUUGUGCGCAAAACUUUGAAGGAGAGGAAGAAAGAACGAGAGAGAGCUAAAAGUGGCAGUUCCAAGAAACGAAAGAGCAGCACAAAAGAUCGAAGUAAGCGACGUCGCUCAGGUACCAAGACUGAGGAGCGAGGGAGAAGCUUGAGCCCAUUAGGACCCAGGCGCCGCCCUCUACCUGGUGGUGGUGCAUCAUCGCCUGCACCGUCGUGCCACUCGGACGACAGUUCUGCUGCUUCGUCAGGCAGCUCUGGUGGUGCGGAAGCACCUCGCCUCACCCUCUCCGAACGAUUUGGCAAAAUGGCGCAAUGGUCUGUCGACCGAAGAGAUCUGGACGGUGUUCGAAAUAUGCGCAUCACUAAGGACGCCGCGGGACAAGAUCUCAAGGUGGUGGUGAUAGAGGGUGAGAGGUACCGCACUGCCAGUGGGGCUCCCUUGAGCCCGUCAGAGGAGUACUUCAUGCCAGCACCCUCGUCACUGGCAGACCUUGCGUGGGAUGAUGUGCGAGUGCGCUACAAGUACUACAAAGAGCGCGGUUACCUGCGGGACUUGUCUCUCGAUGAUUACAUAAAGUGGGAGGAAUGGUGGUACAAGUAUCAGGAAUGGCUUGAAGCAGAACGCUAUUAUGAACAUUGGGCAGCUCUUGAAGCAUCUCGUAGCCGCAAAGGGUGGGGUGGUGGCAGCAGCAGUUCUAGGAAACGCCGUCGCUUGUAAUUACGUGUUUCACAUGGCACAGGGUGUUCUUUGCCAAGUGAGGAGAGUGCCAGUCUUUUGGAGGUUUCUGACAGUUUUGCGCUGCUUUGGAUGGGAUACUGCCCUUCUGUACAGCACUCGCUGGUAGAAAAUAGUUUUAGGAUUCCUGGAAUUGUGUAAGGGUUGUGUGCACUGUACAGUAUUGAAAGCGAAAGCUGAAGUGUGUAAUGAAUACUAAAUCGUAGAUUUUUAUUUAUAUAUUGGUGUCUGACUAAUCAUGGAAAGAAUUUUUUAGUAGAGUCAUUCCUGCAAAUAUUGCUGAGCUCUUGUCUAUUUGCUUGCUCUAAAUUAUGUAUCAGUAUUUACAUAGAAGAAAAUGUUAAAAUCCAGUAUGCUGUCCACUAUGGACAUUUUUAAUAUUGUCUUUGGCUGCAGAUUCUUUGCAUCUGUAAUAUUUCUCUUGUCUGUCAGUCUUAAUUUGUGUGUACUUAAGAUAAAAUCAGUGUCAUUCUAUGAUCUCUUUUUAACUGAACAAUAUGGGACACAAAAACCUAUCAAACAGCAAUUGCUAAAGAUGAGGGACUAUGUAAAAAUGAUCACUCCCUAUUCCCAGCCUUGCCAGUUCCAUCACAUGCCAACGUAUGUAUAUUAAUAUUUUGUGUUUGUAGUACUC